GAGAGACCGCGCAAUUGUUUUCCGCGCCAAUGUGACCGGUGGUCCGCCAAUUGUGAGGCACGUGAUAGGCAGCAGCAGCACGAGGGAUGAUGUGGACCGGUGCUGCUGUGAGAGUGAUAAAACCAACCGACGCGUAAAUUUGCCUUCAGUGUUUGCAUAUGGCACUCUUCGGUGUACUUUCGUUGUGUACUUCGGAGCGCGUGGAACGACUUACCUUUUUUACGUUUGUUAAUGGAAACUACCAAGUGACCAGUGUGGCAGAGUGCUGGAGUGCUGGGGCUGAUUAAUGAAAAGCAAGCAGUCCGUUCGGUCAACCGGAAAUUUGUGUGCGGAACGGAAGAGAAAAUUAAAGAUGUGUACCGGCCGAUAAGGGGAGUGAGCAUCCGUUCGACCCCGUUCGGACCUUGGACAAAUAGAAAGCCACCGAACGAAAGCUGUCACCCGAAUUCGGGUCAUGUCCUUGCGUGCCACGCGACGACGAGGACGACGACGAACGACGUAGUGUAGUGUGUGUCCCCGGUGUGAUUGACAACAAUCAAACCGCGGCAGCAGGAAGGAGGAAUCGGCUGCCAGUCAUCGACGAAGCACGAAACGACGACGACCAUGAUAAUAUUCCUCUACCUAAUACUGGUGCUGGCCUGGGCGCUGCUGAUCAUCAUCCUGAAGUGCAAGAAGGCGCGUGCCAAGCGGCUGGCCGAGCAGGACGAGCAGGCCCACGGCCCGGUCCACGUGGUGCAGAUCGGGUCCAACCUGUACGACAUCAUGUCGCUGCACCGUGGCGUCGGCGACAACUACAGCGGCGUGUACAGCUGCCUCGAGCACGGCACCAUCGGCCACCACCGGCAGCGGGCGUCCACCAGCGUCACCCACUCCAAUUCGGCCUUCAUCGGGGACGACGGUUCCAUCUAUCCCGCCGGCACCGGCAUCGUGACCAUGGAACCGCCGCCAUCGUACGACGAAGUGAUACGACUUCCGGCCUACUACCCGAAGGUGGAGACUUUCGUGCCGGAAAUGGUUGUGCCACCGUCGUCGCUCACCCACGGCCCCGGUUCACCCCGGUCGGCCCCGUUCGGGUCGCAUCGGCUCGCUCUCGUACAGCACGAUCCCGCGGACCUAGCCUCGGUCGCCACCAUACCGGCAACGGCACCCGCCACCCUCCCCAUCACCGGCACCGAUGCACCGGUGACGCUCGACACGAACGGAAACCGCAUUAAAAGCCUUCCGCCGGCCACCUAUGCAAACACGCCCGAGCCCACCCGGGCCACGAACUCGUAACUGUCCGCGGGGUUUGGUCAUUUUAAUCAACACCAAGUGAUUUAAUAUUUGAAAAAGUGCCUCCACCACACACACGGUGAUCGGGGCGCCGUGCAGGACACACAAAAAGCUGCAGGACAAAGACAACACAGCCAUGUGUCAUAUUUGUGAUCCGGGUGCGCGAGUGAGGUUCGGUACCGGUCGAUGGGUGUCUGAACCGAAGGAAAGUGCUCCCCCUUAAAUUCGUUUUACUGAUUAAGUUGAGUCCUUCAAGCGCACAACAAUUGGCCCCACGAAGAGCGAACACGUAGGGAGUAUUUAUUUGUAGAUAUUAUUAUUUCCCUUGCUAGUGUAAGGAAACUCGUAUCCGAAAACCAGUGGAUCAUUAGAAAACGCUGUAAAGAAAAAGAAAUACGAAGAAAUACACCUAAAGUUCGUACCUAACAUACCUGGA